UAUAAAUGUAAACAUGGCGGCUUCCAUGCGUAAGCAAAAGGAACACGAGUUAAAUUUACUAUCACGUUUUUCUGAACUAUUUCUCGCUCCAGAAGAAUUUGCAGAACCUCAAACAUCAAAAGUUAAUGAAGUAAAGCUUAUCACAAAAGAUUUGUAUGAUAAUGCAUAUUUUUCAAAGUCGCUUAAUGAUUUUCAAACGAAUUCAUUGCCGAAAUUGCUCAUUGAUGGAUUUGAUGACGAGCAGAUUUGGCAACAAAUUGAUUUAUUAAAUAAAUCAGCUGUUACGCAAUUUUCUAAAGGGAUAUCUAAUUUGGAUGCAGAGAAAGUUUGUUUGAAAACUGAGAACAGCUCCACAGCUCCAAAUGCGUUUAAACCACAAACGCAUACAAAUGAAUUUGACGAAUUGUCCAGUGCUAGCGAUAAUGAAGAGUAUGCAUUUGAUGGUGAUUCCGAUUCAUCAGUUGAUGUUUCGCAUCCUUCAAAGAGAGAUGAUUAUGCGUAUGAUGAUGAUGAUGAUUCAGAGUCAUCUAAUGAAUAUAAUAAAACAGAUCUAAGAGAAUCUGUUACAUCUGAAGAUGAUUUUGAAUUUGACACCAAUGAUAAAACUCAGGAGAAGAGUAACAAAGCUGUUAAGCCUUUAGUUUAUAAGUCUGAAGUAGACGAUCAGUUUUUUAAAUUGGCAAAUCUAGAGGAAUUUUUGCGAUUAGAAGACUUAAAAGAAGAGAAGGGAUUUGAAGAAUCAUUUGACGAAGAAGAUAUUGAUCUAUUUCAAGAUAUUCCUUCAGAUGAUGUUGAUGAUUCUGAUAGUGAUGAUGGUGACAAUAUAACAAAGCAGAAAAAUGUGAAGCCUAAAGAUGUUAUGUAUGAAGAUUUUUUUGAUGCACCUGAAUCUAAUGAUUUAAAUGCUUAUGAGGAGCAUGCCAAAGAAAAUGGUAUUACAAAUAAGAGAUUAAAUGAUUCAGAAGAUGACUCAAAUGAUGGAUUGCUUAAUCCUGAGAAUGAUUUUGAGAUACCGGAUGACCAAAGUGAAACUCAACCAAAAGAAGAAAGUAAAACUGCUCAGAAAACAGCAUUUGAACUUGAACAAGAAAAGAUUAAAAAGAAAAUCCAGGAAUGUGAAGAAAGUAUGCUCCAACCUUUACCUUGGCAUUUGACUGGUGAAGUAGCAGCAAGUAGUAGACCAAUUGACAGUCUUAUUGAAAAAGAUACAGAAUUUGAUUGCAAUGCAAAACAAGAUCUUAUUGUUGAUAAUGCUCUAACAGAAAAAAUAGAAAACAUAAUCAAGAUGGCUAUUGCAAAUAAGGCAUUCAGUGAUGUUGAAAGAAAGGUUAAACCCACUGAAGAAGUUAUUGCCUACAAAAAGGAAAUAGUUCUUGACCAAAAUAAGAGUAAAAAAGGUCUGGCAGAAAUUUAUGAAGAAGAGUAUUUAAAAAAACAAACUAAAGAAGCUGAAGAAGAAAAUCCAAAGCAUAAAGAAAUAAAAAAACUCAUGGAUGAACUUUUUCCUGAACUUCAAGCACUUUUUAGUCACAUUCCAAAACCUGCUGUACCAGAAAUAAAAAUUGUAAGCAAUUUGCCAGCUGUAACUGUAGAAGAAGUUGCUCCAACAAGUGUCAGUGAUGCGGCCCUUUUGGCUCCUGAAGAAGUUAAAAAAAAAUCUGGUCUUGUAAAAGGAAAAACUGAACGCACUGAUACAGAUAGAAAAAGAGAACGCAGAAAGAAAAAAUUGUUACAAAAGUUUAAGCAGAAAAAGAAAGAUGCAAGGGAAUCAUUACAGAGUAAACCCACUUCUUCAAAAGCAAGGAAAAUGGAAAAAGUUGAAAUAUUGAAAAAGUUAAAGCAACACAAGAACACAAAAAUUGCCAGUGUUGAUUAUGGUGCUAAAAUUAAAUCUUCAAAAGACUUCUUUUCAAAAUUACAAGACACAGUGCAUUCAAAAUCCAGCAAAAAGCAACCAGUGCAGUCUUCAAAAAGAAAUAAUAAACUUUGACACUUAUGACAAUUUUGAAUUUAUUGAAUGUAUAUAUAUUGAUUAUUGUAAAUAUUCAU